UGUCCCCAGCCUCCGGCCCCCCUCCCGCCACCUGCGCGCCUCCCAGAUCAAAGCGCUUCUGGGAGGGGGCUGGAGGGCGCCCAGUCCCCCCGCCACCUUAGGGAGAGACGGAAACUACAACUCCCAUCACGCCCCGCAGCCGGCUCCCCCCCGCCUCCCCCUCCCUCCCCUUCAGCCUGCGGCCGGCGGCGCUGAGCUUUCAUCUGCGGACCCGGCGGGAGGGAGCCACUCCCCGCGGAGCUCCCCGACGGCGGCGCCGUGCGCGGCAGCUGCAGCUCUAAGCCGGGUUCACCUUUGCGUCCGCGCCAGCCCGGAGCCUGGGGGCAGAGGGUCCGUUCCGGGCGCAGCGAGAGGAUGGGCAUCCGCGUAUUCAUCGCCUCUUCCUCGGGCUUCGUGGCGAUAAAGAAGAAGCAGCAGGAUGUGGUUAGAUUUCUGGAAGCCAACAAGAUAGAGUUUGAGGAGGUGGAUAUCACAAUGUCAGAAGAACAGAGGCAAUGGAUGUACAAAAACGUCCCCCCAGAAAAAAAGCCUGCUCAGGGCAACCCUCUGCCACCUCAGAUAUUUAAUGGCGACCGAUACUGUGGAGAUUAUGACAGUUUUUUUGAAUCCAAGGAAAGCAACACAGUCUUUUCAUUCCUUGGCCUGAAACCACGGUUGACAUCAAAGGCAGAGCCUUAGAGAAGAAAAGUGAAAGAUGAUGGAGAUGCAUUUUGGAACACCCCCUUGGUACUCAGCACACACCUGCUUACCUAAUGCAUCACUGUGACAAAAGCCACAUGCAUCAUCAGUAACUUUGCUUGCCACGGAAAAGGUGUUUUUGGAAGAUGUGGGUAAAAUGGGAAUUGCAUGAUUGCUUUAAACCAAAUCAGGUGGUGGAUUUUUCUUAUUUUUUUCAGAUUUGCCUGCAGUUGCCUCACUCACCAGGAAAUAUUAUCACCUGUUACAGGUGUGCUUCCUUAAUGACUGAAAGAUAAGUGGGUAGCACCAUCAGAGAGAAAAUGUUGGAUCUGCCCUAGGUUAUAAUAGAUGCCAGAAUUGUAUAAACCUGCUUCUCUUUAAGCUGCCUGGAUUGCAUCCUCGAAAUUAGCCUGCCAGGUUAUUAGAGUCUUUGAAUCAGAAAGAAAAGAAGCAAUGCUAGUUGACAAAGGACACUGAAGAUUUUUGCUGUAGAAUCACAAAUGUCACUGUUCCAGUGCUUUUUAAUAACACCUGUGAAAAAGUUAGAUGUUCUAGACUCAUUUUUGUAGUGGAAACUCUUACCCCUAUAAAUCCUCCAAGCUCCUACAGAUCUCUCCAAAAAUCUGUUACAACAUUGAGUGAUCAGAACUAAGUUACAGGGAUGAAAAUAAUUGCUAUUUUAGAAAAUAUAUGCUUUAUUUCUUGCAAGGGGAAAAUUUCACCUAAAUACAUAAGACUCCUUGAAAGAUCUAUUUUAAGGAAUCCACCAAUUAGAUAAUAAAUUUAUGGGAAAAUUAUCUGACUAGUAUCUGAAGGCUUAUUUAGCCAUAGCAGUUUAUUUAUACAUAAGUAGACUUAUAUUUUUAAAUGCAGCUCCCCUAACUGUUAACAGCUGCUUAUUCUAUUUUGUGAAGGGAUUAUAUUUUCUGAGAAAGGAAGAUCUCAAUUAGAUAUAUUUUGUUAACCCUUGAUGAGACAUAUUAAAGAUACCAAUAUUGCUGUAUAAUUUAAUUGUUUCUUACAUUACUUUUCAUUUUUCCUCUAACUUGCUCAUAUUUCUGGCCAAAACAAUCUCAGAUUUUUCACAGUGGUACAGAUACAUGUUCUCAUCCAUAUAGGAGUGCAGUGUUUUCAGAGCAACAUAUAUGAGACAGAGGCUGUCUAGAGAGUAACUCAGAAUUGUACUUGGCAGGUAAAAUCUCUACUCCCACUGGAGUGGAUGCUGAUAAACACUGAAGAUGUCUACUUCAUUAGGGUUGAGGCUACUUUUCUGCAUCAUUGUCCCUAUAACAGGGACACUUCAUAUUUUAGAGUUUUUAAUUGCCAAACAUGGGAACAGCUGUGAAUAGGGUAAACUCUCAGAGUGCUGUUUAAAAUAUAAUUCCCAGCACCCUGAUUCUGGACCUUUCAUUAUGAUUCUGAGCAGGAAAUUUAUAAGAAAUGGAAAGAGCAGAAGAAUUAAAGCUCUGUCACAUCUGUCCUCCUACCCCUCCCCCCUGGCCCCAUUCCUGGCUAAAUGUGGACUAUAAAGAACUUGCCAAAUGCUAAAGCUGAAGUCCCAGCCCGAGCUUUGCAGUCCAGGACUACACAGAAGAAAAGCAUGACAGAUUUCUACUUGACUGGAACAGACGCGUGAUCCUCAAUUUUCUCUCCAAGGAAAGCUCUUGUCUAAUAUGAAUAUUACUGGCUAGUUGGCAUUAAAUAAGAUCCAGGUCAAAUUCCAUUUGAUUAAUCCCAGGGACUAUUCAGGAAUUCUUUUUUUUUUUUGAACUGGAUAUUGUGUUUGAGUAUGAGUAUGUGAGUCUUCUGUUAAGACUUAGAAUUUCUUAAGAUACAGCAAUUUUAAAAAUUGUUAUAAUUACCCAACUUAUUAAAUACGUUUAGUCUACUCUUGCCAGGGAGCACCAAGAACCAACCUGGUAAGGUUGAGGCUUUGCAAGUAAAAUUCUGGGGUUAUAGGAUCAAUACCAUAUUUGCUGGACAAAGAAAGCUGUCCAGAUUUGCUUGUCUUAUAACUUUUGAAUUAACCAUAGUAUACCUAGUAUGACUAUAUUAAACAGACUAGAUGGAUAGUAGUGCUAAAUUAUUGCUGCCGUUACGUACCAUCUCCCUAGCCUGAUUUUUUUUUUUUUUUUUGAUCAACAGAGAAAUACAAUAAACCAGCCUUGGCCAAUACUAUACUUGUUGUGAGUGAGCUAGCAGCACAGUGUGUGGCAUUUAUACAGUACCCAGGCCCCACAGCGUGCCCAGGUAUUGCCCUCUGGGACCACACAGUGUUAGAAUAUCAUGUCCUUGCCUGUACCCUUUUGCCAGCUGAAUUCCAAACAUGUAAUAAUGAUUUUCCUACUCCCUUUUUUACCUAGCUGCCUUUAGAGUUUGAUAAUCACAGUCUUAAAAACCCAGGAAAGAAGUGGAUGGGAAUUGUAGGCAUGGAUUUAAUAUCAAGGGCAUUUCAAGACAAAAUUUUUAUUUCCUAUAGUGGGCUUGUUAGGGACAAAGGAAAUGUGCUGCUAAAAAUCAAAUCAUGCCAUUGAAAAAUCAGAUAAAAUACAGAGUGCCAUCCUGCUAGAUGUAUACAGACCAGAAGUAAAUUGAGUUGGGAAAAUACUUGUUUUUCCAAAUUCUGGUGUUUUAUUAAAAUCAAAGAAGAGAAAAGGAAGAUUUUUUUUUUUCCCCACAAACUCUAAUAUAUUUUAGAUUUGUUUCUCUUUUAUAGAUUUAAUUUAGUACUCCCACAGAGAUGUUUUUAUAUUAUAUGAAUUUAAUAAUGGACUAAACUUAUUUUUGUCUUCUGUUAUUGAAAGGUACCAAAGCCUCUUUCUAUUUUGUUUUUGUUUUGUUUGUUUGAUGUUAUUAUGGGGUUUUGCUUUCUCUGGAAAUACUUCUCAUUUACCAGCUUUUCUUACGUGUCAGGCUCCACGUUGAUCUGUAUAAUUAUUGUUUUUAGAUUUCAAUUUGUAUGUGUCUCUAAAGGAAUUGGUGAAAUCUCAGAUUUUAUAUUCAGCAUUAAAGGGGAAUAAAUUCCAGAAAACACA